AUGCAAUAUCUCAGUCUGGUCCUUGCUCUAGCGGUGGCAGCCUCGGCCGCUUCUGGUGACCGUGGUUCAUACACGGUGCCUGGUCUUGGCAGCCGCAAACAGGCCAUUCUCAAUGCCGGUGGCAACACUCUGGAUCUUGCCAUCGCCAUGCUUGAGACAGAGCGAAUGUCCACAGACUACACAUACGGUGAUGGGAAGACCGGAGAUUCGGCCAACUUUGGACUCUUUAAGCAGAAUUGGGGUAUGCUUCGCGUAUGCGCGUCUCGUGCUGGCUUCGCCGGUCAGGAUGCAAGCCAAUGGAACAACGGUGCCAGAUUAAACUCCGACAUUUACGCUGAUGUUGCCUCAAGAUGGGAUUGUCAAAACUACUACGGCUACGACAAGUGGUUUGCUGGCCACCGAGAUGGUGCCUCCGGCUUAGCUAACCCGAAUACGGCUGACAUUAACUUUUACAAACAGUCUGUCCAGUGGAUUCAGAGCCAGAUUGACUCCAAUUCACAGUACAGUAGUGACGAUACGCGGUUCUGGGUUGAUGUUACGCCUAUUUGA